CCCACCCAAAAUGACAGACGCGCGGGCCUUUUACGUCAAAGACAGCAACAACACAUUCGUGUUGCCCACGUCCAUCGACAUUCCCAUCUUGUCGGAGCCCGGCCAGGUGGUGAGCGUGGACAUCACCAACGACUUGCCGGAGGGCUCUGACAUUGUCAACUUGCUCCAGAACGAACAGGCACCGCAACAGUACUGGUUGAACUUUGCCCAGGCGUUUGUAACCAAAACCCAGUACAAUGAUGCCGAGGAGGUGUUGACCAACGCGGUGGCAUCGCCGCAGUUUGCGCUGGCGGACGCGGCGUUGGCGUUCCACGUGUUUUUGGCUUGGUUGUACCUUCGCCAGAGCGAGGCGGGCGGGCCUGGGAGUACGGCGCUUCUUCGCAGCGCAACGGCCGAAUUGCAGCAACACGCAAGCCUGCCGCUAUUUGUGCUCACGCAGGCCAUCGUACUGUUGACCACCGCGCACUACGACCAGGCGCUUGAUCUCUUUGCCCAGGUGCUCGUACUCCAGCCCAGCAACACCGUAGCCCUCACCGGCCGCGCGCACAUCUUGCUCCACCGCCAGCAAUACGGCGCCGCUUUGAAGCUCUACCAGCAAGUGCUCAUCUUGAACCCGCUCUUGACGCCCGACAGCCGCAUCGGCAUCGGCCUCUGCUUCUGGUUUCUCGGCGACACCCAGAUGGCGCAGCGUGCGUGGGAGCGUUCGCUUGCGGUCGCUCCAUCGGCCGAGGCACGCUUGUUGCUCACGUUAGCGCAGUUCGACGCGCUCUUCACGCGCUCCCUCAGUGACGCAGAGUUCGUCACGAGCUACCGCACGGCCCUCACGGCCGUCAAGGACCAGCAAGCGCUGGACCCGGAGAAUGCGACGGUGCGCUUGAUGUUGGCCGCCCACCACUACGCACGUGGCGAGCACGAGGAGACGGCGCGCCUCGCAGGUGCGGUCAUCCAGCAGCUUGCCACCGCGGCACCGCCGGGCUCGCGCGAGCAGGCGCAUGCCAAAUCGCACCUCGCAGUCGCGCACUUUCUCACCGCGCGCGUGUCGUUCGCGCAGCAGGACUACACGUUGGCGCAGAAACACUUCCACGACUCUAUCCGCCUCAACGACCAGCUUGCAAGCAGCAAGCUCGGGUUGGCGCAGGCGCAGCUCGCGCGUGGCAGCCCAGAUGAGGCCGUGAUGACUUUGGAGUCCGCAUUGAAGGGUGCCGCGCCCGGCCGCGAGCGCGCCGAAACCGUUGAGCUCAUAUACGCGUUGGGUGUGUUGUACGCCGCGAAGGCGCUCGCAGAUGCACGCGCGGUGGAGCCACGCAUCAAGGCCAUCGCGCACUUAGAAAAGUACGUGCGCGCAGCGGGCAAGGAGCCCGUCAUCCUCAAUGUGUACUUGCUCCUCUCACAACUCCAUGAACAGACGGACGUGACCAAGGCGUCCGCGUACCUCCAGAAGGCAGUCGUAAUGUUGAAGAAGCAAAAACGUGAGAUCCCACUCUCGAUGAUGAACAACUGCGGGGUGUUUGAGUUUGGCAAGGGGAAUUUCCAGAAUGCGAAGCAAUUCUUUGAGCUUGCGAAACAGCAAAACGACGGCGAUGCCACCGCAAUCACGUUGGACUACAACUACGCACGCGUGAGUGAGGAUCGCGCGCUCUACGACGAUAUUCUCGUGCGCUGUCCGUCCUACACCGAUGCAAAGUUGCGGGUGUUGUUCCUUUCCACGAUCGAAGCCUCCGGGGAUACAGACAAGCUCCACUUGUUGCACGCCGAAUUGAAGUCUUUGGUGGAUGAAAACCCGGAUAGCACCGCGCUGCGCUCAAUGUACGGCUGGUUCCUCCACAACCACGCAAAGGCGUUGCAGUUGGCGCCGGAGUUGGAGAGUUCGCACCACAAGCUGACGGUCACCAACGUUGACUCGCACGACACAUACGCGUUGAUGUGCUUGGCAAACUUGUACUACACGAUCGCAAAGGACAUCCGCUCUUCCGCAAAGAAGGACGUGGAGAAGAAGAACCAGUACUUUGUCCGCGCGGCGCAGCUCUUCCAGAAGGUGAUCAAGGUGGAUAAGCUCAACGUGUUUGCCGCCCAGGGGAUCGCCAUCUUGUUGAUUGACUUCCAGCACUCGGCCAUGGGCUUGGAGAUUUUCCGUAAGGUCAGGGACUCGCUAAACGACUUGUCCAUCUUUGUGAACAUGGGCCACACAUACCUCCAGUUGCACCAGUUUGCAAAGGCGAUCGAGUGCUAUGAGCUUGGUCUCGCGCGCUUCACCACUGGAGACGACGCGCGUAUCCUCUCGUUUCUCGGCAAGGCCUGGUUGUUGCGUGGGCUCGCCGAGAAGAGCUUGAGCUGUUUAUCCGAGUCGGUGAAAUAUGCCGAAAAGGCGUACCAGCUCAAUGACCUCCCAGCGUUGAAGUUCAACAUCGCAUACGUCCAAUUCCAGAUUGCGGGCUUUGUGUUGAAGAUGACUACCCACCAGCGCACCCUCAAGGACUUGGAGGACGCGGCUGUAGGGUUGGAGGACGCGAUCCAGAGCAUGGCCGCGUUGGCCAAGGGCACGCAUCCACCAUACCCAGCGGAUGACUUGCAGGCGAGAGCCAAUAUGGGUGAGAACACUACCCGUAAGCAGUUGGCCGACGCGAUUCAGGAACAGCAGGCGUUCGUUUCGUCUGCCGAGCAGAAGCUUGCGGAGGCGUUGAAGCAGAAGGAGACAGAGCAGGCCAAGUUGCAGAAAGAGCGGGACGAGCAGUUGGCUCGGGAAACCAAGGCCCAGGAGCAGAUGGCCGCCGAGCGCGCCAAGUUGCAGGAGCAGGCGUCCGAGUGGGUCAAUGAAAUGGCGUCGUACGUUGAUGGAAACGUUUCUGAUGAUGAUAACAAGGACUUUGAGGCCGAGCCGAAGAAGAAGAAGGGUGGUAAGCGAAAGAAGAAGUUCAUUAACGACAGUGAUAACGAGGAGGAAUCAGACGACGGUGCUAAGAAGCCGAGGAAGAGAAAGGAGUCAGCGUUGAAGCCGGAUUCCAAGAAGCGCAAGGUCAUUUCGAACGACUUGAUUGAGGAUAGCGACGAGGAGUUGGAGGGCGAGGGCUAUGCUGAGGAGGAGGCUGGUUCCGACGAAAAUUUGUUUUAGUGUAUUAUAGAUAAAAGCGGUUAUAAGUUGGGUGUAGUAGGUAUUCCGUGGUGAAUAAAAGACUCGCUGCUAAAGGAGCUGAAGUAAGUGUUGACCGAUAACAAUAUCCAAGUGAGAACGGCC